AUGGCAGAUCUUGCUCACAGCAGUCAGGUUCCUACAAAGACUUCGUACAACACCAAGAAACCGGGUCCAGCGUACUUCCCUCAAAAAGGGUCCAAGAUCUAUGCUGACCAGGAUCUCUACACCAAAAUCGCCAAUGCUCCUAAAACUUUGGUGGAGUCUCACUUGUGCAAGCCUAGAAGCGGUUAUGCGGUCAAGGUUCCGGCAAAAUCGCUUAUCCGCUUGACCACCCCCGAGGGACCUCAGGUUUGUGACUUGAACAUCUGGAAUCUCCACAACCCAAGAGAACGGUUCUGGGCUGCUAGAACCCGUCAAUUGCACUCUGCUCACGUGUCCAAGUUUGACCGCUUGUGGUCUAUCUUGCCCUUCUUGCGUCCCUUGGUCACCAUCACCGCCGAUACUUUGGGCGGAAGACACACAGAGUGGGGUGGACGGAUUCACGACACUUUGGGAACACGUUGUGACCCAUACGUGGAGAAGCUCAUUUCGGGCGAGGAAAAUGACUUCCACUGCCAUUCAAAUCUCGUGCGUGCUGUUUUGCCCCACGGCUUAACGGAGUUUGACGUGCAUGAUGUCUUGAAUGUGUUCCAAGUGACGGGCCUCAAUGAAUACGACCAGUAUUUCAUGGAGGCUUCUCCAUCUACUAAGGAUGACUACUUUGAAAUGUUUGCGGAGCAGGACUUGUUGAUUGCCAUUUCUGCUUGCCCAGGCGGAGAUUUGUCCAACUGGGAUUGGGGUGAAAAGGAGGGCGACGACAAGAUGGUUGACAACUGCAGACCUUUGGGAAUAGAGAUUUACAAGUUGGAUGAUGAAUCUGUCUUGGAAGGCUGGACCCCUCCGGAGUAUGCGCCUUACAAGGGUAGACAUGGAUUGAAAGACCCAGUGCAAGAGUAA